CAGAACAUAUUCUCUCAGUCUGCAGCUGACAUGAUGUGGACCUUGUUCACACUGACACCAUCUGAGCUUGUCCUCUUUCUUUGAAACAUGACUUAACACCAAAUUCUUUUUUGUGAAUGACUUUUUUUAUUCAAUUCUAAAUUCUUGGAUAACAGAAAUCUCUGAAAGCUGUUCGGCCAUGAGUGCGUCUGCAGGGACGGGGGUGUUUGUCCUCUCCUUGAUGUCCAUCCCCACCUGCUAUUUGUUCAACUCCUUCAUUUACAGCAACAGUGCUGACGCUUUCUUCUUCGCUGGGUGUACCACAGUCCUCAUCCUGGCAAUUUCAGUUCAUUUUAUGAUCAAGAAGAAAGCUCCCACAGAUCCUCUUUUCUAUGUGUUUGCUGUGUUUGCAUUCCUCAGUGUGGUGAAUCUGAUCAUUGGGCUGGAGCAGGACAACAUCAUUGAUGGAUUUGUGACGUUUUAUCUCAAAGAGGCAGAUCCACAUAUUAACACAGCGCAUGGGCACAUGAUCUCCUAUUGGGACAGCUGUGUGCACUAUCUCAUGUAUCUGCUCAUGAUUGCUGCCAUUACUUGGGGGGACAGUUUCCGAGCCAUUGGACUCUACUGGGCGGGAUCUUUUCUCAUGCGCGCCAUUGUCUACAUUCUUGGGAAUGCUGUGGGGAAAUAUGAGACCCAUGUUGGUCCUCUGUUCCUCCUCCACAUGUUGUACAUCUCAGUGUCCGUCUGGGCCUGUUUCCGUGUCUUCAGCCAACCCUCUACACAGGACAUUCAGACGACAAACAUCCAGGAGGCUCAAAGAAAAAGUUUACUCCGCAGACCAAUGGAUUUACUCUUCGUUAUCUACCUCGUCCCUUCUUUGGCUUUCUGCGUCUUCAGAGGCCUGAUCGCUCUGGACUGUUCCAGCCAAUGUUGUCGAGACUACACUCAACUGUAUGAACCUUACCUGAAAGACCCUUCAGCUUAUCCUAAGAUCCAGAUGCUGGUGAGCUUGAUGUACUCUGGUCCGUACUACAUCAUUACUCUCUAUGGGCUGUUGGUCCCAGGAUGUGAGUGGAUGCCAGAUCUGACUCUUGUCCACUCGGGAGCACUGGCACAGGCUCAAUUCUCUCAUAUUGGAGCGUCUCUUCACACACGGACGCCGUUCUCCUACAGAGUGCCUGCUGACAGCCAGCCAUUCUUCUUGCUGAUCAACGUCCUGUACGCUCUGGUGCCUCAGGCUCUGUGCUACCGCUGCUGCACCAGGCCGGCCUUCUUUCUCAGGCCAAUACCAGAGAAGAAAAGGGAUUGACCAGGGUGUGAGAGUGUCAGGGAUGUCAAGGAUGUCUAAAUAAAAGAUU